GUCGCGUGAGCAACACGGCCACACAUCGCCUCGCUUCACUUGUCCUCGUGCUCCAGCCAAGUCAACUCGGCCAACGAGCGCUGCGGCGGGAUGCAGUCACUGCAGGAGAAGGCGUCGGAGUGGAGCGGCGUGGCGGUCGGCGACGCCUUCGCCAUCGACGACGGCAACGUCUUCGAGGCGCUCGGCGGCACCCCGCAGCCCUUCGUCGACCUCUACACCAACUUCUACACCAGGGUCUACGAGGACGAGGAGGAGUGGUUCCGGGAGAUAUUUGCGGUGUCAAAGAAGGAGGACGCCAUCCGGAACCAGUACGAGUUCCUGGUGCAGCGCAUGGGCGGCCCGCCGCUCUUCUCCCAGAGGAGAGGACAUCCUGCCCUUAUAGCACGGCAUCGACCAUUCCCGGUUACUCACCAAGCUGCAGAGAGAUGGUUACACCACAUGCAGCAAGCUUUGGACACUACUGCAAGCAUAGACGCAGACACAAAACCAAAAAUGAUGAACUUCUUUAGGCACACUGCGUACUUCCUUGUUGCUGGUAAUGAGAUGACAAGGCAAGGCCAGGGAGUAACCUGCAAACAUUCAACCAGUAAGCCGGCUGAGAAAUGAUUCAAGCUUUGAGCUAGAAACCGUGGCAUCUGAAUAAAAUAUUAUACAGCCCUUUUAUCUCCUCCGCCAUUACAGAAACUCAUGUACAAUGGAGAUUAAACCAUCUGGGCAUUCAAAGAAACAAUUGCGCUGACUCUUGUAUGCGUAUAGCCACUCUUGAGCAGGGAGCGUACUCAAAACUGGAUAAAUCUAGCUUAUUUGGAUGUGUUUAUUCUGCUUCAGAGUUUUUGUGUAAUGUAACGUGUGAGGAUGUUUCUUUUGCAACUUUAACUUCACCAUGAUUAAACGGCAUCAUAUUUCA